AUGCUCCCCUUACUCGUCCUGUCAAGCCUCCUCGGGGCCGUCGCCUCGCCAGCGAUGGCGGUAGACAGUUGCACGACACUCCCAAGCUGGACCGUCUCGGACUUCAAGAGCAAUAGCACCGAUACUGUCGGCGCGGGCGGGUCGGCAUCCUUCACGCUGACCAACAACCUCACCGGCACAAGCGACGAGCUGAGCUGCAAUCUUCAAGUCAACUACCGCUGCAUCAUUUCCGGCACGCCGAGUGACAAGAACUUGACCGUCCAUGUGGCAGUUCGGGCGGGAUCGCUGACGUUUUUGCUUGACGAGGUGGUGGAGUGUCCUGGGAGGGAAACACCGCUUCACAUAAUCGGGACUGGCGACCUUCAGUUGGACUGCGAUGGUGUUGGCAUCGUUGGGGGCAGAGUCGUGUGCUCGCUGAAGGCGGGAAAGGACACCAUCCAGGGGGAAGCUGUCGAACUGGCACCUGAGAGCAGUGAAAGGUGA